AUGGUGUCUCGUCAGGGCAUGAAAACAGCCACUAAUCCCUACUCUAGACCAUCGCAAACUAGCGCCGCUAGGCGUCGGAGACCUAGGAAGAAUAACCCAAAAGCAGGAACUCCAGAGGGCGGUAAUAACAAUGAUAAAACAUCUGAGCCCAAGCAGAGGAAAGGUCAUCGCCGUACGCCCAAUGCAAAAGGCACCACAACGAAACCAGAAAGGACUUCUAACAAGGAAAAGUUUACCGAUAUAAAAAGGAAGGGGAACGCUUUUUCUAAAAAUGCCAAGGCGGCUCGAGUGUCCAACGAAUCAAAAGAUGAAAUACGUCAAGUUCAGCAUGUCCUGGGUGAAGAGAGCUUCAAAAUUUUCAAAAAGGGCAAAAACAGCACUUCAUAUGGGCUCAUAGUACCUGAAUUUUUUGCCCAAGAGUCAUUUACUCUAGUAAUAACCAUACCAUUCACAUACCCUAAGCAACCAAUCAAGCUGGAUCCUAAUGACAAUCACGUAAAAGAUGCGGAACACAGUGCCCAGCUGACGAACAUUCUCAACAACUUCAACAGUAAAGCCCAUGAGAUGUCAUUGAAAAGUCAACCUUUGCUUUCACAGUUUAAUUUUCUGCUAACGCAGUGGCCUCAAUUGGGCAAUCUUAAUUACAAACAAAAAGACCGGCUAUACAAAGAAUUCUUGGCUAGUUGUACCUGA